GAGCCACUGUCUGUGUCGAUGAUUGUUUUAUUCUGCUUAAAGGAUUGAUCGAUGUUUUCUUAAGAGCUAAGAUUAUGAAACACUUCUAUGUAUUUUGUUUGAAUGUAUUUAGUAAGCACGUCAAUAGCUUUUUUGUUUGUUUAAAGGAGAUAUUCUUGUUAGUUUAUAUUUGUCUAAAUUAAAGCUGUACUGCUCCCCGAAGUGUGCAUGGGGGGUGGGGGGGGAUUAAAGGACAUGUCUGAAAAGAAGGACUGGAUGACAUCCGUUGACUUAGAGUUGUUUGAUGGUAGUUAUCAGUGGAAUGUACAACAGACUGCUUGCUGACAAUGACUAGGAAAGCAGUUCGCAACUAAUCGUCAGACAACACUGGGUAAAAAAGGACAAUCUCUUGAAAGACAGUUCAUCAGUUCGUCUGCAGACAUUGGCUUGAGGACAGUUCAUCAGUCUGUCUGCAGACAGUUGCUUAUCUUAACUUAUAACUUAUAAGUUAACUUUAAAGAAGUAAACACAGAAAAUUAUAUCGCGAUUUAAACCCCACCCAAACCCCACCCAAACCCCACCCAAACCCCUCCCCCCCCCACUGUAUAUCUAACUCAUGUCAUUAUCAAUUUGCAGACAUUGGAUUGAGGACAGUUCAUCAGUCUGUCUGCAGAGAGUUGCUUAUCUUAACUUAUAACUUAUUAGUUAACUUUAAAGAAGUAAACACAGAAAAUUAUAUCGCGAUUUAAACCCCACCCAAACCCCACCCAAACCCCACCCAAACCCCUCCCCCCCCCACUGUAUAUCUAACUCAUGUCAUUAUCAAUGUAUCAGUAGUCUUAGGUGGUCAAAGCGUUGUGGACAAGACUACAGUCGUGGAAGGCCAGACGUUCACCAUUACAUGCGAUUACCUCCAUGUCAACGGAAUCGUUCCCAACUGCAGCGUUGCUUUCUUAGAGGUGUUUAAAAAUUUUAGUAAUGGAAUCCCACAAAUAAUCAUUACACUGGAUAAUGGGAAAUAUAAUAAUGUAAGACCAUAUUGUAACUUAAUUCUUGCGAUCAGUCUAAUUACUACUAGUCAUUGUUCUCUUGCAGCGACCCAGUAAAUAGAUCAUGAGAAGAAAUAUGUGAACAACGAAACAAAUCGUGGUUUAAAUAGCAGCCAUAUUUUAUAAAGUGCCAACACAUCACCCUCCUAACAAAGCUUCACACAGACUUGACAGUGUAAGUGUAAGAGAUAGCACACCCAACAAAACCUCACGCACAUAUUUCACCGCGCAAAGAACUACACUCACUUCACUAUGCAAUACAUUACACACAUUUAGCUAUGCAAUACAUUACACACCUUUAAUUAUGCAAUACAUUACACACAUUUAACUAUGCAAUACAUUACACACAUUUUACUAUGCAAUGCAUUACAUACCUUUAACUAUGCAAUACACUACACACCUUUAACUAUGCAAUACAUUACACACCUUUAACUAUGCAAUACAUUACACACAUUUAACUGUGCAAUACAUUGCACGCAUUUAACUGUGCAAUGCAUUGCACGCAUUUAACUGUGCAAUGCAUUGCACGCAUUUAACUGUGCAAUGCAUUGCACGCAUUUAACUGUGCAAUGCAUUGCACACAUUUAACUGUGCAAUGCAUUGCACGCAUUUAACUGUGCAAUGCAUUGCACGCAUUUAGCUGUGCAAUACAUUGCACGCAUUUAACUAUGCAAUACAUUACACACAAUUCACUGUGGCAUACAUCAAACACAUUUCACUGUGCAAUAAAUAACAAAAAUUUCACUGAUCAAAGUAUUAAAAACAUUUUACUGUGCAAUACGCUACGCACAUUGCGAUGUGCAAUACAUCACUUACAUUUCACUGUGCAAUUAAUCGCACACAUUUCCCUGUGCAGUUAAUCACACGUAUUUCACUGCGCAAUAAAUCACAGACAUUUAACUGUGUAAUACAUCACAAAUAUUUCACAGUGUAAUACAUCACACAUGUAACAAAACAUCAAUGUACCAGGUAAUAUUUCUAUAUUUUUCAGAUGAACAUUCCCAGUCAUUGGACGAAAGAUUGCACAAACCCAAAGAAUUCUUACGAUGUCACCCAGUUUCGUUGCAAACUAAUCGUGAACGAUGCACGGAUCUCGGACAGUGGUCAUUAUGGAUGUAGCAUUGCUCUUUUUUGCACUGAUGGUCAAUCUACUAGAUUUGAGGGCCACUCCGAUGUUGUUGUCGCGAAAGGUAAAGUAAGAAAAGACCAUCUUUUUUAAAGUCCGUUUUUUUAGAUUUGAAUCUGAUUGAAUCUGAUUGAAUUUGAUUGGAUCUGAUUGAAUCUUAUUGAAUCUGAUUGAAUCCGAUUGAAUCUGAUUGAAUUUGAUUGAAUUUGAUUGAAUUUGAUUGAAUUUGAUUGAAUUUUAUUGAAUUUGAUUGAAUUUGAUUGAAUUUGAUUGAAUUUGAUUGAAUUUGAUUGAAUUUGAUUGAAUUUUGUGUACGUGACGUGUUUAGGCCUCUUUGUUCUGGGACGAAGUCUAGCAUGGGGAAAUGCUAAUAAAACAGAUGAGGACCUUCCAAAUGCUAGUUCAUCGGGACAUUUACCCUAAAAAAUUGAAGACUUGUAACUGUCGAAUGAGAUGUUACAAAAAAAAACUCCUCUUAAAGAAACACAAAAUGCUGCCAAUCAAACUUGUAAUUAACGAAUAUUCGUACUGCAUUAGAAUGAGUUGGGAAUAUAUGUUGUCUUUUUUAGCACAAACGACUUGUGCUACUUAUAAGAAGGAUCCUGUAGUGCCAGAUACGACUUCAGAUUUCACAAAAGAACUUUGAAUGUUGCCUUACUUCUCUCUUUUGUUUGACUCUUAUUUUUACAAGGAGUUCGUUGUGUGCAUCCUCACAUUUCACCUCUGUACACCAACCAUGACGGUCAUAGGCGAUUCUCUUCCAUUCACUAUGAAAUAUUGACUUUAGAAUUAGAUGAUACGUUAUAAAUAAAUAGUGUAUGACUAUAUGCAAAAAUAAUUUUUAAUUUAAAGAGGAAUAAAAGUUAUUUGUUAAUUUCAGAAAACACUACAAAGUCAGAAGCGUCCAUCAACUUCGGCGAGGGGAUCACCACUGGAUUGUGUCUCAUGAUGAUAACUGCAGCUGAGCUAUAAUAUCACGUUUCAUUGUGUCUCAUGAAGAUGGCUGCAGCUGAGCUAUAAUGUCAAGUUGGAUUGUGUCUCAUGAAGAUGGCUGCAGCUGAGCUAUAAUGUCAAGUUGGAUUGUGUCUCAUGAGAUGGCUGCAGUUGAGCUAUAAUGGCACGUCCAUCUUCUUAGUGGCUGAACAAAUAUUAUUUCAUUUGGAAGCUUCUAAAUUCCACGUGAUUUAACAUCGUUGUUUCAUUCAAAUGGAAUCGUGAUUUUAUUGGCAAAUAACUCUUCACUGAUCUCAAUCUUCAUUUAAACAACAACUGUAACAUUAGUAACAAUAAAUAAAGAAUGC